AUGCGUGAAGUUAUUAGUGUCAACGUCGGUCAAGCCGGUUGUCAAAUCGCAAACUCUUGCUGGGAGCUCUACUGUCUUGAGCAUGGUAUUCAGCCCGAUGGAUACUUGACCGAGGAACGUAAAGCCGCCGACCCCGACCAAGGCUUCAGCACCUUCUUCUCCGAAACCGGUCAAGGAAAAUAUGUCCCACGUGCGAUCUACUGUGAUCUCGAGCCAAAUGUCGUCGAUGAGGUCCGUACCGGUACAUACCGCAACUUGUUCCAUCCAGAGCAAAUGAUUACAGGAAAGGAGGAUGCCUCAAACAACUACGCCCGUGGACAUUACACUGUUGGCAAGGAGUUGAUUGAUCAAGUUUUGGACAAGGUUCGCCGGGUUGCCGAUAACUGCUCUGGUCUCCAGGGUUUCCUCGUUUUCCAUUCCUUCGGUGGUGGAACUGGAUCUGGUUUCGGUGCUCUUCUGAUGGAGCGUUUGUCAGUCGAUUUCGGAAAGAAAGUAAAGUUGGAGUUCUGUGUCUACCCAGCACCACAAACCGCUACCUCUGUCGUCGAACCAUAUAACUCCAUUUUAACCACUCACACUACCCUUGAGCACUCCGAUUGUUCUUUCAUGGUUGAUAACGAGGCUAUCUACGACAUCUGCCGAAAGAACCUUGGUCUCGAGAGACCUGAUUACGUCAACUUGAACCGCUUGAUCGCCCAAGUUGUUUCUUCGAUCACCGCCUCCCUCCGAUUCGACGGUUCCCUCAAUGUUGAUCUUAACGAGUUCCAGACCAACUUGGUUCCAUACCCACGUAUCCAUUUCCCUCUCGUUGCCUACUCCCCAGUCGUUUCCGCUGCCAAGGCAUCCCACGAAGCCAACUCCGUUCAAGAAAUCUCCAUGUCUUGCUUCGAGCCCAACAACCAGAUGGUCAAGUGUGACCCACGUAACGGAAAGUACAUGGCUACUUGCUUGUUGUACCGUGGUGAUGUUGUACCAAAUGAUGUUCACGCUGCUGUGGCCACCCUUAAAACUAAGCGUACCAUUCAAUUCGUUGAUUGGUGCCCAACUGGUUUCAAGAUCGGUAUCUGCUUCCAGCCACCUCAAAUGGUUCCUAACGGUGAUUUGGCCAAGGUCAACCGUGCUGUAUGCAUGCUUUCAAACACAACUGCUAUCGCUGAGGCAUGGUCCGCCCUUUCCCACAAAUUCGAUCUCAUGUACUCCAAGCGUGCUUUCGUGCAUUGGUAUGUCGGUGAGGGUAUGGAGGAAGGUGAAUUCUCUGAGGCCCGUGAGGAUCUUGCUGCUUUGGAGCGUGAUUACGAAGAGGUUGCGACCGAUUCUCUUGAGGGUGACGAGGUUGCCGAUGCUGAGUACUAA